GCCAUUGCCAACCUGCGCGAGAGGAAUAUCACCAUCCGAAAUGCCAGUGGAAGAAUCAUUGAAAGAAAUGACGAUCCUAUUGACGUUGUAGACGCAACGACACUAAUGGUCUUUCAUGACUUGGGGCGGACACUACCAGGCCACCUUUUCCGACCUUUGUUUGGUAGUGUUGUGCCCAACCCUUGCUGGAGACCCAGAAGUAAGGGCCACUAUUGACUUAAGCAAUGUUACCCAGGAUCGCAUACAAGCUGCUGUAGCAGAGGCUGAGGCGAGACUGGCCCUUACAACCGAAUCAAUAGACAGACAAAAUAGACGUGACCAGCAAGACAGAGAGUACGAAGAAGGGUUAAGAAGGGAUCAAGAGAGGGUAAGCAGUUCAUGGACAAGCAUCCUCGAGGACCCUGGACGUCACGGAGACCGACACACAGGGAGCUCUUUUUUCUCGCGCGCUCCUAUUUGCAAAGAAUGA